CAGGGAUCAAAUGAAAUUAUAUAAAAGUAUUAUUUAGUGCAAUUUUUUUUUUCAUUUAGGACAUCAAAACAUGAUGGUUUCGAAUUUGCAACUACAAGAAAAAUAUAAUAAAAUAAGAAAAAACUUCUGCUUUUAUUUGGACAUCGAAGAUCCUAGUUUAUCUAGAUCACUUUCUCGACGACUACAAGACAUGGGUUUGCGUGAGGAGGUGUUCCUGUCGUCGCGGGUGACUCACGUGGUGGGCUCGCGUCCGGAGGAGAUCGCGCGAUGCGCGCGGCGUGAGGGCCGCUCGCGCGUCGAUGCCAUGCUCCAGCGGCUCCGUCAGCCGCCCCCGCACGAACGCAACUACGUACGCCUCACCGUUCAAAAGGCUAUAAGUCUAUUGGAUAAACUGUAUGACACAUUCUUCACGGCACCGCGUAAAGCGCAUGUCAACCUCUUCAGUAAACAUUUUAUCAAGAUUGAAUUUUUGGACAAAUUAUGCAGACCGGUUUUCAAGGAGUUUGAUGAAUGGCCUCAAAUAUCAUUAGAGCCUGAUCCACCGAAGGAGAAGAAGGAAAAAAAGGAGACUCCGGAAAAUUUGGCUUACGGAAUUCCGUCGAACAAUAAUAAUACACAAAAUAUGACAAGGAAAAAUCGACCACGGAUCAAGGAAAGGGAGGAAAAAGAACAAAAGGGUGGUUACUGUGAAAUGUGCAAUGUGGAUUACGUUGAUGCGGCUUUACAUCGACAUUCACCGCACCAUUUAGCUUUUGUCAGAGAUCAUACAAAUUUUCUGGCACUCGAUUCAUUAAUAACUUCAGGUACAGAUGUUACCACAUUCUUAGAUAAGACAAUGCCUGUAAAUGGAGAAAGACGAUCUCUACGAAAAUUAUGCAAUGGUGACGUCGAACCUAAAAGUAAAAGAUCAAAACGGUCACAGUCACCAGACACAAUUAAUGGUAACUCCAGUCCGAGAAGAAAUGGUGGUUUAGAUGAUGAGAAGAAACACAACACAAGAUGCAGUAAAAGGACAAGUGAGUCCCAACCUUCAGAAGACCGUCAGUAUUAUAAAGUAGUUGGAGUGAGUACAAAAUUAAGAUCGAGUGGUGGUUUUGCCGUAAAAAAAAAAGAAUCGCCUACUUGUAAUGGUACAAAACCACUUGUAGUUAAGUUUCGAAAAGUACGUCGUUCCGAGCUAUCAGUGCUUAGUGAUGAAGCUGAACAAUUUAUGUUUCCAAAGCGGGCUAGCUCGGCGAGCUCGACAUCCUCAGAUGAAGAAGAGGAAGAAAAAGUCGAAUCUGUAAGACCUCGGAAGAAAUCACCGAUACAACCUCCGCCGCCUAUUGAGAGACAGCGAUUGGCAAGGCCACUAGCUUUAAAAGAGGAAUCGUCAGAGGAAGAUAGUUGGCCAGAAGAUAAAAGAAGACGGAAACGACGAGUACCUCCUGCUAUCAAACGAGGGAGACGAGGCAGACCAUCUACAGUUGAAUCUCAAACAAAAACCCCAGAACCAGAAACACCAGUGGAAAUACCCCAGCCAGAGCCUGAAAUAAGUCCUCUAAGAGAGGAACCAUCUGAAAUGUGCAUGAAAUGGGAGGAUGGAAGGCUCAAAUACACACCAGCUGUAGAACAAUUAGAAUUUGCAUUUGAAUCAGUUCCUCAGAGCGAACCUUGGUACGAAACUUUCAAACGUCAAGAUCAAGACAAAACCGUUACGAAAAAUGUGCCUCAGUAUUUUGAACUAUAUUCUAAGUCACCGAAGUUACCCUACGAAAUUGGGCAGUUACCUCCUCUGAAGCCAAAUUGUUGUCCUUUGAGUGACUUAGUAAAAAGAGAAGGAAAACCUGGUCCGUCGAGAUCAUAUGGGACUCGUGGAAUGAAGAAACAAAGGAUAAAGAAAAGAACGGCAGCUCUCAUCGCAUUGGAGGGCCAUCCACGUAAAUCUCCUAGAGAACAUGCAUCUACCUUAGCAAUACUCGGUUCGGCGGGGUUAUUGCAUAGACGAAAACAUGCAGAUGAUACAAAGUCAACAGCAUCAGAAGACACCAUAAGUGAUACUCAAAGUAAUAUGAAAAAUGAGCCUGUCUUAUCUGAAACUCAGGAAGCAUCAGAGAGACUUCAACAAUUCCUGUCUGAAGUAUUUGAAGAACCAACAGAUUACGAAAUAUUCGAGGACUUAAUGGGCGAAGAAACGGCUGUCAUAGCAACAAAGAAUCUACCCAAUGUUUCAAGUUUAGUAUCAGAAUGUGAUGAUUGUGACAUCAUACGAAAUGAAAUUAAACAAGGCGCUACUAGUCGCGUGCGUGGUAGACGAAGCAAGUUCAAAAAGAAGAACAGGACGGGGUGGCCUAAUAAAAAGAAGCAAACCAAAAAGGGGUCACGAACAAGCAGUCUGGAACAAGACCAGAAGGCAGAAAGUAGUCUAGACAGAUCGUCGGCCGAACCACCUGACGAUGACACGACGCAGGACACUCUCAGUGAAGAAGACAACACCUUAUCAGAAGAUGAAAAGACAUUAACUAUUGAAAAAAUUAAGAGCGGGUACGAGUCACAAAAAAGUGAAUCUACAAAAGAUAUAGACAACAAUGUAACAUUGGAAGUCAAAGAAAAGACAAAACCAAUAGAAGUCACUAGCAAACUACAAAAAGAAGAUCGAUCGUUACAUUUAGAUCUCAAAGUAGUAUUGCAUGACAGUGAAAAGUCUCCGACAAAAGACGACAAAGACGAGAAAAGCGCGAGUCGUUCGUCAACAUCGGAUGCUGAGGAUAGAGAGGAGAAGGCAAAGAAAAAGAAGCGAGUUCUUCAAGGCUUGUUGUUGCAGCCGAUAGUGAGGGUAGCGCGCGUUGACCCUAAUGUAGGGCGGCGUCUCCGCUCUGCGGUACGGACGCGCACUAACCGGUUCAGAUAGCGCGCGGCGUAGCUAGCUCGCAGCAGUGGAUAGACUGUUCUAAAAGAUCGUUCUUUAAUUACGUGAUGUUUUUUUAGCAAGUCGUUAACCUAACCUAUUCUCCUCCGCACAUGUGUACUCCCCCCCAAAUAUAAAUUUAGGAAAUUUAAGCCUUGUGAUAACACAGGCAGAUAUUUGCAGUGUUUAUUUGUUGUUUGAUUAGUUUAGAAUUUGUACCUUAAAAAUACAUACACAUGAUAUCUUAUUACAGAUACUCUCCCUCCUCACAAUAUUUCUUGAUUUUUGUCCGACCCCUCGGAAGGGGAAAAGGAAAGGUUCCUUUCUAGUCUCACGUGAUUAAUGGACGACCCACUUUAAUUCAUGGACAAAGUGUUAGAAUAUUUCCUACGUUCACAUUAUUGCUUCCUAUCAAUCGGAAUAAUUGUCGCUGUGAAUUUCCUUAAUAAUAUAUUUAAAAAAAAAUGACUGCUAUCUAAAAAAUUGUAACGUUUUUAUAAAAUGUUACUUUUGCUAAAGUCAGGUGAAUUAUUUGAGAUUAUUUGCACAAUAUACAUUGUAACUAUUGACAAACCAUAUUAGCAAUAGACGUGAGUAGGAAUCAGAAAUGUCUCCAAUCAAUGAAUAAUAUUCAUGUACAAAUAUCAUUUAAUAGCAGAUAUACAAAAGUCUUAGAUCAAACUCCCAAUAGCCAGUUAAUAACUCCACAUUUGAAACUCUUAGUUUCUAUAAUUUAUUUCAUUGUUGUUUUCGAAUAAUAGUAUAGUAAAUGACUGUUUUGAAGUCAGUUUAUUUAAUAACAUUUAUUAUAGAAAAUGAAUUUAUUACAAACUAGAGGCUCUUAUGUUGAGUUUGAUGGAAUAUUAUUUGUUUUCGAGAAAAAAAUUCUAUUUUUAUGUCAUUUAGCGACAUUUAAAAGUGUGUUUAAAAUUACACGUGAGAAAACUUUUUUUAUUCUUACGAUGUUGUAAAUAGAAACUGUAAUAUAUUUAAUUUUUGUUUUUAUUAGUAUGAGUGUACAAUGCGAAUUAAGACAUUAAGAGCUUAGUCUGUACAUAAAUUGAUGUUUUUCGUAUGCUUAAAGUAUGUUUUAUUUUUCAGUGGAUGGAAGUGUCAAAAAUGUCAAAUUUCGUCAGUAAAGUUGUAUAAAAUAAAAAAAUAAUUUUAGAAAA